CAUCUUCAAAUAGGAGCAAAUAUUUGACUUCAAACUUAUCAUGUUCUAAGUGACCUCAGAGAUGGAAGCUAACUACAACGAAGAGCUAAAUGCUACCAGAGAGCUGCUUAAGGGCCUUAGCAUCAAUCAAGAGACAAAACACGAAGUAGAGCAAGAGAAACAGAACAGACCGUCUAUCUCAGAUCACUCAGAUGACAAUGAAGAGAACAAGUUACGGUACAACCGUUUGAUCAAAAAAGGCAAAGAAUUAGGAAGACAGGGACACCUUGAGCCAGCCCUCCAAUUAUUUGAGAAGGCUUAUGUCAUAUUUGAAUCUGAAAAACUUCUUAGAAGAAUUGAAAAAAUCAAGGAAGCUAUAGAACGAUAUAAAGAGGAAGAAGAAGAAGAAGAUGAUGAUGAAGGAGAUGAUGGAAUGUGUGAAGUUGGCAAUGGCUUUUCUUUACCAGCUGAGAUUUACCAAUCUCUGUAUCCGUAUCAACUUAAUGGUGUCCUGUGGUUCUGGAAUCUUUACCAGAAAGGCAUGGGAGGCAUUCUUGGUGAUGACAUGGGACUGGGCAAGACAAUUCAGGUGAUAUCAUUCCUUGCUGGGAUGUUUGAUGCAGAGCUCAUCAAGAAAGUGUUGAUUGUACUGCCAGUGUCAGUGAUGCCAAACUGGGAAAAGGAGUUCAGCAAAUGGGCCCCUGGAAUCCGUGUUAGAGCCUUUCAUGGGACCAACAAGAAGGAACGCAUGAGAAACCUGGAAAAAAUACAGAGAAGAAAUGGAGUCUGCUUAACUACCUAUGGUUUAAUUGUAUCCAGCCAUGAGUCAUUGGGGGCCUUAACAUGGGAUUAUAUCAUUUUGGACGAAGGACACAAAAUCAAAAACACGGCAACGAAGACAUCAAAAAAUCUUCGAUUGAUCCCUGCGAAACAUCAUUUUAUAUUAACUGGGACACCAGUACAGAAUAACUUGAGGGCGAGAGAAAGAGAUGCAUCAGCAUAUGAAAAACGCAUGGGGAUGGAGAUGUCAGAAAGUCUGCGUCAACUCAUUCAACCUCAUUUUCUGCGGCGGACGAAAGCGAUGGUUCUAGAGAAGAAAAAAGAAAAAACUGAUGUUGUAGAUGGAUCAGAGGAAUCGGAUAAGGAAAAUAAACAGGGAAGUACCACAAGAAUGCCUAAGGAAUUAACUAGGAAAAACGACUUUGUUGUGUGGCUUUAUAUGUCCGAAAGUCAAGUCAAAAUCUACAGAGACUUUUUAGGAUUGGAAAGAGUCAAAGAGAUGUUAAUAAGCACUCGCUCCCCAUUGGCUGAGUUGAAUGUUCUGAAGAAGAUCUGUGAUCAUCCUCGACUGCUAUCUACACUGGCUUGUGAGCAGCUCGGCUUGGAUGAAGAGGCCAGGCUUGUAGAAAUGUACGCCGUGGAAGACGAUUCAAGAUCAUUUGCCACUCAACCGAAAAGCCUGGGACCCUCAGACAAGGUGCUGACACAGGAGUCAGGGAAAAUGGUGUUCUUGGUGUCCCUGUUGGACAAUCUCAAGGCUGAGGGCCACAGGUGUCUGGUGUUUAGUCAGUCAAGAAAGAUGCUUGACAUAAUUCAACGUGUUAUUACUCAUAAGGGACACAAGGUUAUUCGUAUCGACGGGACGAUAUCAAGUACAGCUGAACGACAACAUCUAAUCAACACAUUCCAGACUGAUUCCUCUUACACAUGCUUCCUUCUCACCACACAGGUCGGUGGCGUUGGAAUAACACUAACCUCUGCCGAUCGCGUGGUUAUCUUUGACCCGAGCUGGAAUCCCGCCUCAGAUGCCCAAGCAGUAGACAGAGCGUACAGAAUUGGACAGAAAAAGACUGUUGUUAUUUACCGGCUCAUAACAUGUGGAACACUUGAAGAGAAGAUUUACCGCAAGCAGAUCUUCAAAGAUGCUCUGAUGAAGCAGACCACAGGCUUGUCCAAGAAUCCCUUUAGAUAUUUCAGUCACCAAGAGUUACGUGACCUGUUCACACUGGAAGAUCCUCAUCAUUCAAAUACGCAACUACAGCUUGAUCAGAUGCACUCAAAACACAGAAAAACUGAUAGUAAACUGGAGAAACAUAUUGAGUUUUUACACACUUUGAAUAUAUUUGGUAUUUCUGACCAUGAUCUGAUGUAUUCUCGUGAAGAUGCGGAGACAACUGAUGAAGAUUCAGUACCUGACAGGGAGGCAAUUCAAGCUAGAGUUCUCCGAGCCCAGAAUUUAGUGGCGGCUGAAUCAGGAUUUUCAGGACAAACUUCAUCCGGUACUUUAUUUCCCCUAUCGGGAGUCCCCAGUACCUGCCCCCGAAGGAUCCCAGAUAACCAGGAAAGAAUGGCUUUACCCCAGGGACAACGGCAUUCUCUUCCUUCAAGUGAAAAUACCAUGAAUGCCCGGCAGAAAAUACAGGCGAAAAUUGAUAGUGAGUUGUUCAUUAUACCCAAACGCGAGGACACGAAGAGAUUUCAGCCAAGUCAGGCUCCAACAUCAACAAAGGAUUCAUCGCCAGAGUUCAUAGAUCUUUGUUCUCCUGCACCUCGUGAGGAGAGUUCUCCGCCACUUCAAAUUAUCAGUGACUCGCCUGCUGUGACGAAGAAAAACAGACGGAAAAGUAUGAGUCAGAGGAUUGAACUUCCGGUGAUCGACGAUGAUGACGAUGACGAGUUAGAUGUGCGCGAGAGCUCACAAGAUGGUAACAAUGCUGACAUAGAUGAAGACAACGAGGACGGGGAAGGCUCUCUACUGAACCAGUGUCCCUCAGGGGAACAUGUGUCUGAUGCCAUCAAGAUACCCAAGUGCGCAUGUGUGAUAAGCUCGACAGAACGAGAGAAGUACGACUCGUGUCUCGUAAAUGGAAGACAACUGGAAGUAGAGGGCAAGGUAUCGGAGGCCGCUAUGAGUUACAUGGACGCCCUGGAAUUGAUGGACAGUGACUAUUCUUUACACGUCAAAGUUCUGGAGCUUGCUGAGCAAAUGAAUUUCCAACCUCCGUUGAUUGAAACAGCAUAGCAUUUGAUCAAGAAAGCCCGGUAAAGUUGGGUUAAUAGAUCAAAAAAGUUAAAAGAAGCAAAGUUUUUCCAAAAGACAAUAUAGCCAAAUUGUUUAAAAUGUUUUGUGAAAAACCUGACGUAAAUGGGAAGAAAGCAAGCUAUUUCGAAAUACGAAUUUGCAUGUGCCGUUGUUUUAAUCUUAAUAUUCUCCGUGGUUCCGCAAUGCUACACAACUAUUCCCCCUGAAAACCCGUAAAUUAAAGUAAAUUGGCGACACUGUAAGUGUUUGCUUACUGUAGUUGAAAACAUUCCUUCAGAUUAAAUAUAAGACAGAAUGAUUCAUCUUUCCUAUAAUAAAAUCAAUUUUGGGCCGUCAA